AUGUCACUCAACGUCAUUAUCCCAGAUCUCUUGUUACCGCAAGACUCUGUCAGGCUGGGACGUUUCAUCACGAACAUUGAUCAUCCACACCAGGGAUAUCACGACCCCUCAUGGACUGAAGCACCAAAGCCCAUAAUAACCCUCCGCGAAGCAUUCACCGGGUCCAACACUAAAGAAAACGACAUUGGAUUCACAUCUGCACUCACGUCCCUUCUGUCAGUGGGAUUCGCCAGGCGAGCCAAGGUAGAGGUGGAGAUUACCACGGACCAUGUCAGAACCUAUAUGCUCGAUAACUCGGACGAGUGGUUCGUCAAGGCCACCGACUUUCUGGCGACCAAGACCUGGAUCGAGAGACAGGUGGACCGUGACAACGACAUGUUCAUGAUUGUGGGCUUCCACACUGUCACGAAUGCCCGCAUUGCCCAGCAGAUCGUUUCCGGAACAAAUACCCACGGCAAGACUCACGUCCCCACCGGCCUCUCGCUGGCUGCGUUAGGUCCUCUGGGGAGCGUUUUCAAGCCUUCGAUACAGGCCAGCAAUGACCGAACUGACAACGUGCGUACCGCUUUCACGGCGCCUGGCGAACAGAUUUGCGCUCUCCAGUAUCGCAAGAUCCAGCAUCGGUGGUUGUCCAGCAAGACUUUUGACGCCUUGCGGCUCUCCAAAUCCCCCCGCUGGACAUCCGUUGAGCGGGGUAGGGAUGAGGAAGACGAUGAAGACGAUACUAUUGAAGUCGAGUCUGUGCCAAUGCCGGAGGAGACUCUUAAUGGAAAAUGGGACAGAAUUAAUGUGUCUGGGAAUGAGACUCUUUUGAUACGCAUCGAGGCUGAAUGA